AAGGCGGGAGGGAAGAAGGAGAAGUGAAGAAACUGACUAGGGAAGAGAAAAAGGCCUCUCCCGACCUACAGCCCCGCACCACCAGCUGCCUGGGGGACAUCUCUCUUUGGAUGUCCCGUAAGCAUCUCAAACGCAACACAUUCAAAACGCUUUGAUAAUCUAAUGUCCGAAGAAAGUGAUUCUCUGAGAACAAGCCCAUCUGUGGCGUCUCUGUCUGCAAAUGAGCUACAGCUCCCCAAACAGCCUGGCUAUGUGUGCUCCCUGACCGAGGAGCUCAUCACCAAAGCCCGAGAGGAGCUGCAGGAGAAGCCAGAAUGGCGGCUCCGGGACGUGCAGGCCCUUCGAGACAUGGUUUGUAAAGACUAUCCCAACCUCAGUACAUCACUGGAUGAUGCUUUUCUCCUGCGCUUCCUCAGAGCCCGGAAGUUCGACUAUGACCGAGCCUUGCAGCUUCUGGUCAACUAUCACAGCUGUCGCAGGAGCUGGCCUGAAGUGUUUGAUAACCUGAAGCCCUCUGCCCUGAAGGAGGUUCUGGGUUCAGGUUUUCUCACUGUGCUGCCUCACUCGGACCCUAGGGGCUGCCAGGUAGUUUGUCUCCGGCCAGAUAGAUGGAUUCCAAGUAACUACCCAAUUACUGAGAACAUUCGUGCCAUAUAUUUAACGUUAGAAAAGUUGAUUCAGUCUGAGGAGACCCAGGUGAACGGAAUUGUUAUCCUUGCGGACUACAAAGGAGUUGGCUUAGCCAAGGCUUCUCAUUUUGGUCCUUUCAUAGCCAAAAAAGUGAUUGGAAUUCUCCAGGAUGGGUUUCCCAUUAGAAUAAAAGCUGUUAAUAUUGUCAAUGAACCUCGAAUAUUCAAAGGCAUUUUUGCUAUCAUAAAGCCAUUUCUGAAGGAGAAAAUAGCCAACAGAUUUUUCCUUCAUGGAUCUGAUUUGAAUUCUCUACACCUGAACCUUCCAAAGAGUAUCCUUCCUAAGGAGUAUGGAGGCACUGCUGGUGAGCUGGAUGUAAAUGCCUGGAAAGAGGUGCUGCUGGCCUCAGAGGAGGACUUUGUGAAGGAGUUCUGCCGGCCUCUCCCUGCCGGCAGUCGCCUUCUCCAGGAGACCCUGCUGGUGGAGGGAAUGACCUCCGAGGUACAGGGUGAUGACUCCAUUCGGGGAGUAAAGUCACAACUGUACUCCUGCUAUUAACCAAGAAGUCGCAUAGUUUUCUACGUAUGUUGCAGCCAUUAAGUCAUUUCUUUCUCCUUCCUGAAGCAUAAAAGGAGACUUUGAAGUCCCCUGGGUUUGGCCCUAUCCAUUAUAAUUCAACUAACAGGACAGAAUUUAAGCCUGAUGAAGUUAUGAUCAGCUUUAAAACACAAAUAUAUUACAGAAGGUGACAUGUAGGUAAGUUGCUUGAGAAUUAGUCUAAGACAGACAUUUGUAGUCUACCUUUAGGCCCCUUGGGAACAUCACCAGUGGUCAUUCUGUGAAUCCCUUUGAAAUCAUUAAUCUGGUAGCUGUACUUUUGGGAUAUAUGCUAUAAUUUCUGUCAGAUUGGGUAUUUCCUUCCCUAACACAUUUCAGCUCUCCCAUGCUUCGGUAGGUGGUUUCUUGAGCUUCUGAGGCAAAAGCCAUUUCCCAGUUAGUGACAACCCACUGGUGACAAAGCUCUCUGCACUUAACUAUUAAUUCAUUGCUAGGGCAUCUUGGUGGGACCAACGAAAGCUUGUGCUCCCCUGGCAUAGUCUUUUGAGAACUCAGUCCACUCAGAGGGCUUGAAAGAAUCUCAUAGCAGCUGCAAAAAGAAAUCCAGUGGAGAGCAAUCCAAGCUGUAAUAAGAGAGGUCUACUGUCUAGGAGAAACCAGCCCAUGACAGGAGAGCUCAUGCUGUUGCAGUGGAGAUAGCUAGGAAGAUUAUGAAGAUUAGAGGUGGUCCCCUUGUGUCUGGCUUCACACCCAUUUAGUUGAAUGAUCACUUUCCCUGCACCUCUACUGUCAUCACUGCGAUCUAUCAGGAGUUGCUAAUUCAUAACCUGUUCCCUUUUUUGAAACUGGGAUGGUUUAGAGGGAUCAGGACACCAUCAGAGGGCUUCCUUUUAGAAAUCGGGAGCCAAAGAGGUUGUGGCCCCUUAGAGAUUCCUGCUGCUGUGAUCCCCUUGGUCCAGUAGCCCUGAAGGUCUCAGCCCUCAAUCUUCACUGAAUCUCAUUCCCAGGAAGACAGCCAAUAUGGCACGAUGUAGAAGGGUACAAUUUUAAUAGAUGUAUAAUCAUCAGAUUUCAGUGUAGUAUGACAGGAAGAGCAGCAGUCAGUAGUCCCUGUGGUUUAUUUCUACCACUACUAACUCACUGUGGAGUUUAACCUCUGUGGACCUCAGAUUCUUUUUGGCUGUAAGAUCCUUGGACUCAGUGUAGUUAGUGAGUAGUAUCUUCCAUCUGUUUUCUGCUUGCUGGUGGAAGCUGUGGCAUAGUGGAUGGAGUUGGACACUGAAUCGAGACCUGGGUUCUGCCACAUACCAGCAGUGUGAUCCUGGCCAGAUGUCAGUGCUUCAGGUAGCUCUAAGACUGGAAGUUACAGAGGAGGUGCUGAUCUAUAGCUGUAAAGGAAGUUUGCUCACCUCAGAGUCCCCUAUGAAAUCCCACAUAUAGUCCUAUCCCUUCCCACCUAUAAGAUGCAGAGAUGGACCAGACUCGGGAGACCCUGGCAUCUCUAUUUGGAGACAGACAUCACUAGGGGGAGUUCCCACAUCACUUUAUAUUCCAGAUCUUUAGACACCUAAAUCUUUGCUAAAGAUCAUUUUUUUUAGUGACCUAUAAUAUUGUGAAGUCAGCAAAAGUUUCUCUGAGUAUGUAAAAAUUCAGAAGGUUUUGGGAACCAAAUGGAGGCAGGAUGUUAAAAAGGAUUUCCUGCAAGCUUUCUGUCUGUAGAUGGGAUUUCUACCUGCUCAUUAGAAUUCCUGAGCUGCUUUGCCACUCCAGCCCAGCCCCUUGUCUCUCUCAUCCCAGCUCGAGAGGCCUGUGAUGUGUCAGCUUAGAGUCAGGUCAGCCAUUCUAAACCUGGGCUGGGAGUUUCAGCACUGUACAUCAUUGUCAGGAUUUUGCCUUUGCCCUGCACCCCAGUAAGAUUAAGGUUUGAUGUCUUUAGACUUGGUUUAUGUCUGAUUUGUUGCAUAUACAAGAUGGUUUAAAACUGCAGCCUCACCCUUGAUGUGCUGCUUCUCUGCAUUUUAAUGCACUGUAAAACCAAGAGCAAGGAAUAUAUUUAGCUCCCUAGAAGCAGAGCAACCCAGACAUCCAGAAGCCAUUUGUUUAUACUUUUAUUCCCAGGUAGUUCAUCUGUAUCGCACUUUCUGAAAAGCACUUUCUAGACAGGUUUUUUCCUGGCGAAAUUCCAUUUACUUUACCUCCUUGGUGCCAAUUCUCAUUCAGGGAAAGCUUGUCUCCCCAUAUUGUGUCCUCUAGAAAAGAGCUGAGAUAUUACAUGUUUUGAGUGCCAAAAUGAUAAUGGCAGUGUGCCUCAAAUCACCAAAAAUGGCCUGGAAAAACAUAGGCUUUCAGUCUCGGGAGGCCUCAGACGUGAAGAUUCCACCUAUUUCAGAAGGGAAAACCCAUUCCUAAAGGCAGGGACAAGUUUGUCAUCGGGGCCUGUUGGAUCUAGAUUUGGAGCAGGGGAAUGAUUAAAGGUUUGCCCAGGCCAGCAGUCAGAAGUAGAAUUAGCAGAAGAAAAUUGAAAAGCUGACAAGGAGCAGGAGGAGACUUGAUUAGAAGUGCCUUCUGGUUACUGGAAGGAAGCAGAAGAGGUAAAUGGAAGAAGAUUACUGUGGUCCAAGGUUCCUGAGCAUUAGUGGCUUCAGUAUAUGGCCUUUUGAAUUACCCAGCAUUAGCUGUUUGUUCAUAACCUUCAGUAUGAUGUAGCAAACUAGAGAUGCUACACAAAGACCAGGGCAUGUUGAGUUUCCCUCAGCUCUUCAGGAGUCUCUGAAUCCAAAUCUUCUCAAUGGGUGCUCUCACUCUGAUGGGACCCAGGCAGGAGUAUCCUUUCUUGGGCUGCUGUGGGUGCAGAAGGAUUUUUUAUCAUUAGACAUGCUAAGGUUUGAGCGAGGAUCAUGAGUGGGGAACUUACUGGGAGGCCAGGUGACCCCUACACAUUGUCUCAUUGAGGCAUUUUAAGGAAUUCUUUCCUGGCAGUGAAUAGGGACAGCAAAAGGCAACCGUGGGUCAGGCUUUUUCCUUUGGCUUUGAUACCAACAAGAAGGAUGCUAGAAUGGGAAGCAGAUUGUGCCAUAAAUCAUACUUAGGACUUUUAAAAGUGAGAGUUACAGCUGUCACAGCUGCAUAGGAUUCUUUCCUUUGGCUCUCCCUUUGAGGAAAAGUCCCAGCCAAUUUUAUAAAUGUCUGAAGCUGUUUCAUCUCCAUAUUGUGCCAUUGCCGUGGCCUAACUCCUGGUGGAACACAGCCCUUAGGGGAUCUCUCACCCUUAUGCCACCGUCCACAAUUUGGGUCUCAGUUGUUCCAUUUGGUAAAAGGUUAAAUGAUCUCCAAGGCUUCUUUCAGCUCUGAAGUCGAUGAUUUUAUGAACAACUUGUAAUUUAGAGAAACGUGCCCCUAUUAACUGGUCCAUUCAAACUGAUUUGAUUUUCCUCUUGUUUUCUUCUAGCUCAGAAUUCUAGAAUACUGCAGUCCCCUCCUGAGUUCAUCUUGUGCCUUUUUAGGGGACAAACUAGGAGCCUUAGAAGCAAGUGAAAGUAAGAGAGAGCUUUGUUUGGGUAGAAAAAGCUCUGGGUUUGUAAUUAAAAGACAUGUGGGUUGGAAUCCUGUAGCCUAGAGCAAACUGUUCCCCCUCUUUAGGCCAGAGUUUCUUCCUUUGUAAAUCAAGGGGAUUUGACUAGAUGAUCUAUAAGAAUCCUUCUGGCUAAAAAUCAUAUGAUUUUGUCUUUCUAAAAAAAGACCUUAUUGUUGGUGAACAUUUCAUCCUCGACACUUGAUGGCAAACCAGCUUGGAAGAGACAAAAAAAUAUGUUCCUUAUUAACUCCAAGAAAACUUAAGAUGCCUGGUAGUUCAUACAGCUCUCAUCAAGUCAGCUGUCCUGGGAGGUAGGCAUGUAAAACACCUCAGGCUAGUGUCAGGUCACUUGUCAAUGAAAAUAGAGAUGGGACAGAUACAUACAUGUGCAUAUGAUUCUGUACUCUUUAGAACUCCCCCUGCAGAGGUUUUGAAUUGCCCUGUUUUAGACUCAGAUGAAUUGUGGGUAGCUUGCCAUCUUUCCACCCUGGGUGGCCAGGCAGCUGAAGGGAAGCAUAUUCUAGUACCUCCUCCUGUUUGUGUUUCAGCUUGGAUCAUUUUCCUACAGGAAGAAUGAAUGACUUUUCAGCAGUUAAGCUAUUGAUGGUGGUGUGGCUGGCUCAUCCAUUGGUCACUGAGACUGUUAUGAAAUAAAGGAACAGGGAUAAUCCUGAGUAGGAAAGGUGAAAUCCUGAGUCUAGUACAAUAUUAGGAACCCUGGUAUGGAGAGUCAGAAGACAAGUUCUUGUUCUGGCUAUGUGACUAAAAAGCUGUGUGACCUUAGGCAAGUCAUUCGCCUGUCUGGGGCUCAGUUUCUUUAGCUAUGGAAUGAAGUUGGACUAGUUGGUCUCUAAGGUCUCUUCCAAUUUUGAUAGUCUCUGCUAACAUUCCUUUCUGUUCUAACAUUCUUGCUGUAUUCUAAGGUCCUUUCAAGCUCUGAGGUCCUUAUCCAUUCACCAUUGCUUGUUCUGGGUGAAGCCAGGAUUGAAGGGAUUUAUACUGACUUGGUAAACCAAAGGGAGUGUGUGCAACAGAGGUAUUAAUCAAAUCACCAUCUGGUUUUAGAAAAGGGUCCAAAAUGGUUCUGAGUCACACAAAUAUUUCUGGAAGGAAGGACCUUUCACUGAUAUAAGGGCAAUAAUUCAUUAACUGUUGCUUGCUUGUUUUGUUGGCUAAGUAAGCAAUUAGUUUGCGUUCUUUUUUUUUUUUUAAACAUAAACAAGCAGAAUUGUCUCCUUGGGCACCAAGUCAAUGGCUGCUUGGGUUAGGCCUGCUUCUCUUGGUGCAUGGAGGGAGGAUGAGGCUGGGGGAAGGAAAGAGGAUCAAGAGCAGACCUGUUGCUCUUUGUAGUUGGAGUACUUGAAUCUAUGCCAUGGCCUAAAGCCAGGCAACAUAGCCUCUGCUUCUCAGGUGGUAAGAGGAGGUCUUGCUUAUGUCCUUUGGCCAGUUUGGGGCACAAGUUAUGUCAUUUGUCACAUUCUUUCUUUGAAACUGAGACUCUGUGGGUGUUAAUGUGCACCUGGAGGUGGACUGAGUCUAAUUCUGUGUUUACUUUGACAAGAUAUUUAUUUUUAUAAUGCAUUUUAUAACAUGGUGUGGUGAAAAUGUGUUGUUUUAUUAUGCAUGACUGGAUCUUACACAAUAAAAAUCUAUC